AUGUUUCAAGAAAACCAGUACGGGCCUUUGUUCCCCAAGGCCAGCGAGGUCACAUGUCACAGUUCAGCGGCCACGGAUCAUUCCAAUCCACAAAUAGAUUUAAUGGCCCUUGGAAAAACUCUAGUUAAAGUUGAGGCUCUUGGAGAAUUUAUAAAGAGAUAUCCUAACAAAGCUGAUGCAAAACUUUUAGUAGAUGGGUUUAAAUUUGGGUUCAAGCUUCAGUAUUCAGGUCCUAGAGAUUUUUCUGAUGCGAAGAAUCUGAAGUCUGCAUAUUCAAAUAAAUUAGCUUUGCAAGAAAAGUUAGAUAAGGAAGUUAAUUUAGGUCGCAUUUCUGGCCCACAUCCUAAUCCCCCUUUUUGUAAUCUGAGAAUUUCCCCGAAAGGUGUAGUUCCUAAGGCUGAUGGCAGCUGGAGGUUAAUAACUCACCUGUCUUAUCCGUCAGGUCGCAGUAUUAAUGACGGAAUCAAUUAUGACCUCUGCUCAGUAAACUAUACAUCGUUUGACACAGUGGCUGAUAUGAUUUUUAAACAGGGCAGGUCUGCACUUUUAGCUAAGCGUGAUAUAAAAUCUGCAUUUCGUUUAUUGCCAGUGAAUCCCACUGACUUUCACCUUCUUGGAAUGAAAGUUGACAACAUGUAUUAUUUCGAUAAAUGUUUACCCAUGGGUCUGAGUCUUUCCUGCGCAUUAUGGGAAAAAGUGUCAACUUUCCUGCAUUGGUUAGUAACUGAGGUUACGGGUUUGGAAACAUUAGAUCAUUACUUGGAUGAUUUUAUUUUUGUGGGAAAGUCUGGUUCUGACAAUUGUCUUACAUUGGUCAAAGCAUUUGAGGACAUAUGUUUACAAUUAGGUAUCCCUAUAGCAGAGGAAAAGUCUGUAGGGCCCGUUUCGGUUUUGACUUUCCUUGGAUUUGAGCUUGAUUCGGACCAAAUGACAAUUCGGAUUCCGUUUAGUAAGAUACAAGAGCUUCUUGACUUAAUCCGGAAUUUCCUGUGCAGAUCAAAAGUAACACUUAAGCAGUUGCAAUCUUUGACAGGGAAAUUGUGCUUCUUUAGCAAAGCUAUAUGCGGAAGUAGGGCAUUCUUGCGUCGCUUCUAUGAGGCCAUGUCUGGGCUAGAUAAACCCCAUCAUCAUCGUCGGGUCACGACGGACAUUGUAGAUGACUUACGUGUUUGGGUUUCAUUUUUGAAUAACUUCAAUGGGGUCGUCCACAUUCCUGCUAAUGUUUGGCAUGAUAGCAAUGUUUUAAAUCUGCACACUGACAGUGCAGGUGCUGCAGAUUGUGGUGGUGCUUGCUAUCUUGAUGGGUGUUGGGCGUUUUUUCCAUGGCCUUUGUCGUGGUCAAAGUCACAAAUACUUAAAGAUAUGACUUUUCUAGAAAUGGUACCUGUAGUUUUAGCAAUAGCAUUGUGGGGUUCUAGAAUCGCGAAUAAAAAGGUAUUAAUGUGGAUUGACAAUGAAGCAUUAGUGAAAGUUUUAAAUAAGCAGUCUUGCAGAUCAAAAGCGGUCAUGCAUCUGGUGCGUUAUUUUGUGUUAAAAUCAAUGUCAUCUAAUAUUGUGUUCAAAGCUAAACACAUUGCAUCGAAAGCUAAUGGCAUUUGUGAUUCUCUUUCUCGGAAACAGUGGUCAAGAUUCAGAGAGUUGGCGCCAAAAGCAAACAAUGACCCGGAAGUUAUUCCCCAAGAUUUUCUUUUGCUGAUAUCCACGGUGAAGCUUCAAGACUUCUAA